GAAGUGAGUCUACUGCCUCACCACCCAUACACUCGUUAAACCUGCCCGCAUACACUCUUUCAACAUGAAGUUCACCGUCCUCGCCCUCCUCGCCGCCGCCUGCGCCGUCUCCGCCGCGCCCGGGCCCGAUUACAACAACCACGCACACUACCAGCCGGCCAAAGUCUCCACGACGACGAAAUGGAGCGUCAAGUAUGUGCCGACGACGGUGUUCCGAUACAACGGCUACCGCACCGUUACUGAGACGAGGGUAAAGACGAAGACGCAGUACCGCACCGUCCAGGGCUACAAGAACGACGUCACCACGACCGUCUCAAAGUGCACUGUGACCCGCACGCUGGGCUACCAGGUGUGUCCCUCGCACUCGACCAGCACCGUCACCAUCCCGACCACCGUCAACAUCCCGACCACCGUCGACAUUCCAACGACAGUCACGAUCCCGACCACCGUCAACAUCCCGACCACCGUCGACAUCCCAACGACAGUCACGAUCCCGACGACGGUCACGCUCCCCGGCGAAGGCGAGGUCGUCACCGUCACGAUCCCUGGCGCGCCCACCCCAGUCGACGACGAGGUCAUCACCGUUACCGUCCCGACCACUGUCAACGGCGAGAUCACUACCGUCACCGUCCCCACGACCGUCACCGAGAAAACUACUAUAACGUUGUACAUAACGACGUUGACGAUUCCGGGCGCGGGAGAGGUCACUACCGUCACCGCGUGCACAGUAUAGACGAGUUUGGUGGGGAAAGGGGGGGAGGCGGUGGGAAGAUGCGGUGGAAUUGUAGAUUUAAUGUAAUCGAGCGGGGACUUAAUGGCUACUAUGUAUAUCGAGCAAUGUAACUAAGUAC